AUGGGAAACAACAUGAGGAAUUCAGACUUGCAGUCUCAGGAUGCCGAAACCAAGUACAAAGACAUCAUUUCUAAGAGUAAACCGCUACGUUCAGGAACUCCUGCUCUCUACCAAGUGAAACCAAAGCAAGAAAUUAUUGAAAAUCUGACCAGACUAACUAUUGGUGAGAGAAAUUUAAACAAGACAAACAGAACCAUCCUACUAGUUGGUGAAACAGGAGCAGGAAAAUCUGCCCUUGUCAACGCUCUGUUUAACUACACCAUGGGAGUGAAGUUUGAGGAUGAAAUCUGGUUUCAGAUAGUAGAAGAAAAGAAAGAAAGUCAGGUUGAAAGUCAGACAACAGAUGUCAUUGUGUACGAGAUCUUUGGUUUUGAAACUCUCCCAUUCUCUCUGACCAUCAUUGAUACUCCAGGAUUUGGAGACACCAGAGGACCAGAACAUGAUGAAGAAGUUGCUGAGAGAUUACUGGACUGGUUCCAAUCAGAGGAUGGAGUUCAUGAAGUAAAUGCAGUUGGUCUGGUGACGAAGGCGACUGAUAACAGACUGACUGAUCACAAAAUAAACAUCGUUGAUUCAGUGAUGUCUCUGUUUGGGAAAAACCUUCAGAACAAGAUUGUGCUCCUUGCUACACACUCAAAUGGAAGGAAGCCUAAAAAAGCCCUUAGAGCUUUGGAGAAAGCAGGAAUUAAAUGUGCAAAAAAUGAAGAGGAUGAGGCAGUCCACUUCAAAUUUGAUAACUGCCAGGAGGAAGAGCGAACAGAAAAUACUGAAUAUAUAAAAAGUGUUUACCAGAUUUCAGAGAACGGUUUCAGAGAAUUAACCAUGUUUUUAGAAAAAACUGCUCCCCAAAAACUAAUGACAACAAAAAAGGUUUUAAAGGAACGCAAAAAACUGACCGCCAGCAUCCAGAACCUGGAAGAAAGAAUCAAGUCGACCGAACUGAAACAGACAGAAAUCAAACAGAUUCAAGAAGCUCUGAAGAGAGAUGGAAAUAAAAAUUCUGUGAUCACGGUAGAAGUAGAUGAGGCUUAUAAAGUCAAAAAACCCUAUGAGAGUGGCGGUGGUCAUUGCACCGUCUGCAUUGGGAAGUGUCCAGCAUCCUCUCAUGUUAAGGUGAACUGGAUCUAUGAGACAAAGACAAAAAAAGUUCAAAGGAUAAUAGAGAAGCCUGACAAAGAUAAUUCAGAAAGUCAGAGAAAGAUGAGCACCUUAGAGAGCUAUGAAGAUCAGCUGAAACAGCUGACAGCAGAGAAGAUGAAGUUUAUCGAUGAGGCCUUCCAGCAUAUCGUCAGACUGCAUCAGAUCGCCCUGAGAUUCAAUUCCAGGAAAACUGUCGGUCAUUUGGAAUUUCUGAUUGAGAAGAUGGAAGACAAAGGAGACAGAGAGAAGCUGAGAAAACUGCAGGAGAUAAAAACUCAGCUGGUCAACAGAGAUCAACAAGAAAAAGAUAAACCAGCUGGGGAAGGGGAGGUCUCCCUGACAUAA